AUGGUGAGAGACACCGCUGUCACCCAGGCAGCACUGGUUUCGAAAGAUGGCAUUCUUUCCGAAGAUGUGAUGGUUUUGCUUGCAUUCUUUGCACUUUUUGCCGUCAUCGUCUAUGGAUUCUACAGAUUCGUUGUCUUUGUCGAAUGGAUCUUUGAAAUGAUUGUGUCGGUGAUCCACCAAGUUUUCUUCCAAGAGGAGCAGAAAAGCUCUAUUCCCAAAAAACGGAACCGUCGGAGAUCACCUAAGCCCGAGGCUGUGCAACAAAAAACUGAAAAAGCAGAUGAAAAACAGAAUGAACAGGAGGCUAGAAAACAGGCAAUCAAGCAGCGGUCGCUCGACCAGCGGGGACUGCCGGUCAAUCCUGCCCUUGUUGGCAACGCUGGUUACGCCGCCCGCAACCACACUUACCGAAAGAUGAAGAAUUUUCCUAUUCCCAAGGAUAAACGAGAUGUCCAGGUGUAUACUGGUCUCGUGGCCUGGAUGCAACAGAUGGUGCCCAACUUUGCCGAGCACGCCGUGCCUCUCACCGAUCUUCUCAAAGCCAAUAGACCGUUUAAGUGGACUCCUGAGUGUCAGGCUGCUUUCGAUCAGCUUAAGAAGGACGUGUUUGACAGUCGCCCGUUGGAGGAAUUCGACGAGAAUGCUCCUUUGAACAUUCACGUGCGGGCAACCGAUGUUUCCGUAUCGUCGGCGGUAUUGCAAUUGGGAAAAGAUCACGAGUGGAGACCCAUUGAGUACAAUGGGCAGAAGCUCCAAAUGUACGAAAAGGACUGGGAUGAGACGACAAAAAAUCUCUAUGCUAUUCUCAUAGCGACUCGUAAGCACAGAAAGUUACUUGGUAACAAGCGUUUCGUCGUCUCCACCACCAACAGAAUCAUGUCUUCUUUAGUUGAAUACCGUCACGACCGUGCGAAGGAAGUUCGAGACUUGAACGAAUUAUUCCCUCAGUGGUUGAUGGAACUCAGGCCGCUCGACUUCGAUGUCGAAGUGGUUGAUAAAGUUCACUUGGACAAAUAA